GCUUUCCUUUCUCUUUAGCCGAGUAACAUUCUCUCCUUCCUCUCUCACCAACAGUAUCUCUCGGCGGCAAAAUCCUAUAAAUCUAACUUUGUCGAGAAAAUUUGCAAAUUUGAUAAUUGCUAACCUCAGAUGUUUGAUUCACUGGAAGUUCGGAACCAACAUGAGGUAGAUUGAAUUCCGGGUCCAUGAAUGAGCGAUUGACCUCUGCAGCUUCCCAAAUGUGUUCCAAUAAAUUAAAAUCACAUUUGGGAGAAGGCAGAAGCAAGAAUCACUUCCUGUUAGUAAACAGCCCUAACAAGUCCUUCAACUCCUACUGGUGAUUCCACCUCGAGAAAAUGAGAAUUCACAACCUACGAAUUACUUCAACUUCUUCAGACCUCAAUUCACUCUUCAAAACCCUAGACUUUGCAUCCAAUGCUACCAACAAGCGACUCAAAUUCAUUACCACCAUUAUGCCGAUCUACAGACCUCAAGGGCUGUCUAUCCGAUGUGGAGUUAGAUUUCGUCCUUGCAUUGACAUACACAAGGGGAAAGUGAAGCAAAUUGUUGGGUCUACCCUUUGGGAUUUGAAGGACGGUGGGUCAACUGCAGUGACCAAUUUUGAAUCAGAUAAAUCAGCGGCGGAGUAUGCAAAUCUGUACAAAGAAGAUGGACUUACAGGUGGUCAUGUAAUCAUGAUUGGUGCUGAUCCUUUGAGCAAAUCUGCAGCCAUUGAGGCAUUACGUGCUUAUCCUGGUGGUUUGCAAGUUGGAGGUGGCGUCAAUUCGGAAAAUGCUUUGAGUUACAUAGAGGAAGGAGCCAGCCACGUCAUUAUCACAUCAUAUGUAUUCAAUAAUGGACAAAUGGACCUUGGGAGGCUUAAAAAACUUGUUGGUGUUGUUGGGAAACAGAGGCUUAUUUUGGAUCUUAGUUGCAGGAAGAAGGAUGGUAAAUAUGCCAUUGUCACUGAUAGAUGGCAGAAGUUCAGUGAUGUAUAUCUUGAUGAGAAAAUAUUGGAUUUUCUUGCCAUUUAUGCCAAUGAAUUUCUGGUCCAUGGAGUUGAUGUUGAAGGGAAAAAGCUUGGAAUUGACGAAGAGCUUGUGGCAUUGCUUGGCAGGCACUCACCGAUUCCGGUGACAUAUGCUGGUGGUGUCACAGUAAUGGCUGAUUUGGAGAAGAUAAAAGUUGCAGGGAUGGGACGUGUUGAUGUUACUGUAGGCAGCGCCCUAGAUAUUUUUGGGGGCAACUUGGCUUAUGAAGAUGUUGUAGCUUGGCAUUUCCGGCAGGAGGCCUUAGCAAUUUAGCAUCUACAAACUUCCCUUUUGUGUAACUUCGUGGACCCAAAAAAAAAUAAAAAAGGAUUAAGAUGGAUAUUGUACUUGACUAUUAUUUUUGCCCCCCCCCCCCCAAUUAUUUUUAAUUGAGUACUCCUCUCAGUGUCAUAAUUUUUUUUUUCUAUUUUUGUGGAUAAAAUAAUUUCAACAGAAAGUCUAUA